GUAUCGUGUGCUACACCUGGGGGGUGGAAGUUACCUCAUUCUUCCUCAGGCUACAGUACGGGUGCAGUGAUGCCUCAGAAUGGUAUGAACUACGUGGGCAGAAGAGGAGGAACGCGUCACAACACCUGGAAAGCCAGCAGUCAGGUCCCAAGCACAGGUUGGGUUAAUGGAGCCAUUGUUCACAAUGGCUACCCGGCUGCUGCUACAGGAACCAGUGAGACGACACCAGCUGGCACACUGAAUGGUACCAAACCACAGUGCAUGGUUAAUGGUUAUAUUAACCAUGGGUACAAGGGCAAGAGUACAAGAGCUGCACCCCCAAGAACCCCCAGGAAACAAGGAAGUAUGAUUUCAGUUGUCACUGAUGCCUCAGCAGCUGGCAGGGGUCGCAGUGCGAGAACUCCAGGUGGUAUCUCAGUGGAAGGGCCCACCAGUCUAGACACUGUUGCUUCGCCAUGUAAUUCUGACCGAACUGCACCACGACCCAGCGGGUCAACAGCAUCAAGGAACCCAAGAAGAAGAGAGAAAUUUAGAAGGAAGAAGAGAGACAGUGAAGUCCUCUGGCCGGAGGUGCCACUACCGAUGCCACAACAAGAGGCAGAGGACUGGGAAAAAGAGACCCAAGAGAUCACACUGACUGACUGGGAAGAGAACUGUUUUGAUGUCACACCCUACGGUCCACAAGAUGCGAUCCCUUGUUCUUUGAGGGACUUGACACUCAAGCAAAUGGACACAGUUGGCCUGCCAGUGACAGCCAGUUACACACCAGCCGUACAUCACCCACUCCCCAUCACGUGGUCCCCCUACAGCAUUCCCACUGAGCCUGACCAGUUUGCAGACGCUGACGAUGCAGUAGGGCCAAUAAGCAGCGGAUGCGGCUGGUGCCCGGCUGCAGGCGGCCCUCUCAAUGGUCUCUCCCACCAUGAAAGCGUUGGUGGAUGCUGUAUGGGCGGUGUGGAGCAUCGGGGCCUCCAUUUAUGACUACAUCCACACCAACGCCAUGGAGGAGCGCAUCCACGCCCUGGAGAACGUCAUCACCAUCCACCAGUGUGUGAUUGGACUUCUGUCAGCAGGCGUAUUGGUACUCUUCACCUACAUCCUCUUCAAGAAGCUCUGAAGAUGUGUGGAGUGGUGGGCUGGGGGUGACGUGGGGGUGGUAGACCGACAGUAUUUUUACUGACGCUGACAGAUUACAUGUGCCAGUAUUCAAAAUAUUCAAAUUUUUAUUGAAGGGACAGCUCACCCCAAAAUUGAAACAAUAUAUCUUUCUUCUUACCUGUAGCGUUGUUUAUAAGUCUAGAUUGUUUUGGUGUGAGUUGACUAGAUGGCACUCGGCUUGUGGCACUCGAAUCUCCAAACAUUUGAAACACUCGCUGACUGUAUUACUGUGCUGAAGGAAGUGUGCAUCUACUCAUUGAAGAGAGGCCUGUGCUCCAGAUGUACACAUUAAUGGCGUCCUCCUCGGCUGAGCAGUAGCCAAACAGCAUCCUCCGGGGCUGGAAAAUGAAGCCAAUGUGAAGUUCUUUGAGGUCACUUGAGGCUAGCUCCAAAAGCGAGCCCAUCCCCACAGACCCCCAUGUUAAAAUGCCCAACUUUACAGCAGAUCUCUGUAGCUCAUUUCAACAUUCGUGACAACUGUGUCGUGCAGGGGAGGGUAAUAAAAAAUACGUUUUGAGUGACAGACUGCCUGCGAGUCAUCACUGCAGUCUGAGUCCGACCCACCCCUCGCUCUUCUACAGCUCCACCCUCUCGUCCAAAUAUGGUCACCUCUGUUUCCAAAAAUCCAAGAUGGCGACGGCCAAAAUGUCACACUUGAGGCUUCAAAAUGGCAGUCCACAAACCAAUGAGUG